CUUCGUCCACAGUAAGGAGAUGCGCUUACCCCUCUCCUGCACCACCACCAUCUUUGAGAUAAAACACUGGCUUUAGGUUUCCAGCAGCAGCAGAGAGCUGGUGCUGCAGUUGCACUGGCACAAAUUCAACGUGGGUGCACUAGAGAGAGAGAGAGAGAUAGAGAGAGAGAGAGAGAGAGAGAGAGACGCCGCAUCUUGUGGAUUUCUUUGCCUUCAAGUCCAUGUACAUGGUUCUCCUUGCUUUUCCUCAGUCACGCACAGACCAGGAGUUGAUUUCACUUCUCGGAGAAAAAUGUGGAAUCGCACAUUUGCGACAAUCCUUAUUUUAUUCAAUUUUUGCGGGGACUCGCUGGCAGGGUUUCCAAACCAAAUCAACAUUGGUGGGCUGUUCAUGCGCUCCACCGUGCAGGAGCACAGCGCCUUCAGGUUUGCUGUCCAACUGUACAACACCAACCAGAAUGUGACAGAGAAACCCUUUCACCUCAAUUACAAUGUUGACAACUUAGAGUCCUCCAACAGUUUCUCCGUCACACAUGCCUUCUGCUCCCAGUUCUCCCGAGGAGUUUAUGCCAUCUUCGGCUUCUAUGAUCGGAAGUCCAUGAACACCCUGACCUCCUUCUGCGGGGCUCUGCACACCUCCUUCAUCACGCCCAGCUUUCCCAUCGACACUGAUGUGCAGUUUGUCAUCCAAAUGAGACCCAGUUUGAGAGGUGCUGUUCUCAGUCUGCUGGACCAUUACAAGUGGGAGAAGUUUGUUUAUCUAUACGACACUGACAGAGGUUUUGCAAUCCUCCAAGCCAUAAUGGAGUCAGCUGUAGCCAAUAACUGGCAGGUAACAGCUCGCUCAGUGGGGAGCAUUGUGGACCCCACUGAGUACAGACGCAUCAUCGAGGAGAUGGACCGCCGGCAGGAGAAGCGCUUUCUCAUCGACUGUGAGGUGGACCGGAUCAACUUGAUACUAGAGCAGGUGGUGACCUCAGGAAAGAACAGCAGAGGAUACCACUAUAUCCUUGCCAACCUGGGUUUCUCCAACAUGAGUCUGGACAGGGUCUUUUCUGGUGGGGCCAACAUCACAGGCUUCCAGAUCAUCAGUCCAGACAGCUCCAUCGUCCAGCAGUUCCUCCAGCGCUGGGAGCGCUUGGAUGAAAGAGAAUUUCCAGAAGCCAAAAACACUCCACUGAAGUACACAUCAGCACUGACCCAUGAUGCCAUCCUCGUGCUUGUGGAGGCCUUCCGGUAUCUUCGGCGCCAGCGAGUGGACGUGUCUCGCAGGGGGAGUGCGGGUGACUGCCUCGCCAACCCUGCCGUGCCCUGGAGCCAAGGCAUUGACAUAGAGAGAGCUCUCAAAAUGGUCCAAGUACAAGGUAUGACAGGAAACAUCCAGUUUGACACAUUUGGGCGACGAUCUAAUUACACCAUUGAUGUGUAUGAGAUGAAGCCAGCAGGCCCCAGGAGGAUCGGCUACUGGAAUGAGUACGAAAAAUUUGUAUAUAUAAUGGAUCAGCAGGUCACCAACGAGUCCUCUUCUGUGGAAAACCGAACAAUUGUGGUCACUACUAUUAUGGAAGCUCCAUAUGUGAUGUACAAGAAAAACUAUAUGCAGCUGGAGGGGAAUGACAGAUAUGAAGGCUACUGUGUCGAUUUAGCUGCUGAAAUUGCAAAACAUGUGGGGAUAAAAUUUAAGCUGUCAAUAGUGCCAGAUGGGAAAUAUGGAGCCCGAGAUCCAGAGACCAAGACAUGGAACGGGAUGGUUGGUGAACUGGUUUAUGGGAGAGCUGACAUAGCUGUGGCUCCACUUACCAUAACAUUGGUACGGGAGGAGGUGAUAGACUUCUCUAAACCCUUCAUGAGCUUGGGCAUCUCCAUUAUGAUAAAGAAGCCUCAAAAGUCCAAACCAGGGGUGUUUUCCUUCCUGGACCCACUGGCCUAUGAGAUUUGGAUGUGUAUAGUUUUUGCCUAUAUUGGUGUGAGCGUGGUGCUCUUCCUGGUGAGCCGUUUCAGCCCUUAUGAGUGGCAUCUGGACGAGAACGAUGAGGCCAAAGACCCUCAGAGCCCCCCUGACCCUCCGAACGACUUUGGAAUUUUUAAUAGCCUGUGGUUCUCCCUGGGUGCCUUCAUGCAGCAAGGAUGCGAUAUCUCACCAAGGUCUCUGUCUGGUCGUAUUGUUGGAGGAGUGUGGUGGUUCUUCACCCUCAUCAUCAUCUCUUCCUACACAGCCAACCUGGCUGCCUUCCUCACAGUGGAGAGGAUGGUCUCUCCAAUUGAGAGCGCAGAGGAUCUGGCUAAACAGACAGAGAUUGCCUAUGGCACGUUAGAUUCAGGUUCCACCAAGGAGUUCUUUAGGCGCUCCAAAAUAGCAGUUUAUGAGAAAAUGUGGUCAUACAUGAAAUCAGCUGAACCCUCAGUGUUUGCCAAGACAACACCAGAAGGGGUUUCCCGGGUCCGAAAGUCGAAGGGCAAGUUUGCCUUUCUUCUCGAAUCCACUAUGAACGAGUACAUAGAGCAGCGGAAGCCAUGUGACACCAUGAAAGUGGGCGGCAACCUCGACUCUAAGGGCUAUGGUGUGGCCACACCUAAAGGCUCUGCAUUAAGAAAUGCUGUUAACCUGGCAGUGUUAAAACUGAAUGAGCAAGGCCUCUUGGACAAAUUGAAAAACAAAUGGUGGUACGACAAGGGAGAGUGCGGCAGCGGGGGAGGUGACUCUAAGGACAAGACAAGUGCACUAAGCCUGAGCAACGUGGCAGGAGUCUUCUAUAUUCUGGUUGGAGGGCUGGGCUUGGCUAUGACUGUGGCUUUGAUAGAGUUCUGCUAUAAGUCACGGCAAGAAACGAAAAGACUGAAGCUGGCAAAGAAUGCCCAAAACUUUAAGCCAGCCCCUCCCGCAAAUGCCCAGAAUUUUGCCACGUACCGUGAAGGCUACAACGUGUAUGGAACUGAGAGUGUUAAAAUCUAGAGGAGAUAAAAAGUGAAUCCCACUGAUGCGUCUGGAUGGGUAUAUCCACUCUGUGUGACCCUCACAGCCCUGAGGUUGGCAUCCUGCGGGGCAACAGACUUCUAUGUCAUCGGCUUGGACACAAACCUACAAGUCAACAAGUGCUCAUUUUGGGUUAUGAGCCCGUCACACUAGCAGAGGGCAAUGACGCAGCAGGACUUUGGCCUCUGGAAACAUGGGAUUUGCCUCUUGUAGUGCCUUAUGCAGCAUUUCAGCAUCAUGGCAAUGCAAUUAAAAUUGAAUUCACUUGAAAAUAAAUUAAAAAAAAUAUAUAAAAUAUUUGGAACUCGGGCAAGAAACUGCUUCAGAUGAACUGAUGUAACUGCUGUUUUAUAUUUUAAAGAAGAAAAAAAGCCAUGAUCUGCAAACAAAACCCUGAAAUACUUAAGUCAUUUGAAUCCUUUAAAGACAUAUUUUUGUGGUGAAACCUUAAGUUGGAUAAAUGUUAUAUUUAGUGAGGUAAAGAGAACUCUUUUUCUUGUUUUACUGUAAGACUAUUUUCAAUGUGAGACUAUUUAGAACAAGCAUCAAUCUCUAAGGUUAAGCAUCAGUUAAACUGAUAGCAUUGUACCUAAGUUUUUACUAAAAACUCAACAAAUAUGAGUCACCUGAAACAGCUUGGAUGAUGUUUUUUUUUUGUAGCCUGCUAGACAUUAAAUACAACUGAGUUUGGGUUUACUUAAAUAUUCAGUAUUUUAAAAUUAACAAUGCGAUUUCUUUAAACUGCCACUAUUUUAGAAGAUUGCGUUUGAAAUAAAAUGAGGUUCGCUUUUUAUCACUUAGUGCCAUAUUACUGAAAUAAAAAAGUUGUAUUUUAGACACUAGAAAAUUGACCCCAUUUUGUGUAAAAGAAUAUUCAAAUGUUUUAACAGAGUUCAUGGUUUACACGUUGUACACACUUUAGAUGCCGUUCUAAUUUAAGCGCAGAUUCUUCAGCUGUGAUCAUUUUUUGGUAAAUGGUAACACGCCAUAGCUUCUUUGGUUGUGAUGAGCUUUCUGUGUCUAUGCAUUUUACAGAAGGUGAGCUGUACAUUGAGGAAAGAGCAAUGAAUGAAACAUUUGUCUGUAUAAGUGAACUUUUUAUAAACUGAAGAAAAAAAAAGCCUACAAAUGCUACAGACCAUGUGCGCCUACAUUUGUUUAAUAUAUCAAGACGUUCUCAUCCUUUUUGUCCCCAAAUAAAAUGCAUGUGAAUCUGCUGAUAGUUUAACCCAGUUGCAACUCGAAAUGGACCCUGUUUUAUUUGGCCUACAAUAACUUUUUGAUCCACUCUGGUUUUAGUUCUCCUGUUACUGUAACAGUACCUCAACCAUAAGAGUUGCAUGUAUGGACAUAAUAAACCUCUGUGAAGAGGUCAUGUAAAAAGGAUUUUAUUACAUUUCCUUAAUAAAAGCAGAUUUAUAUAAAA